AGAUAAUUUUUAUAUUGUUUUUGUAUCAAGUAAAAAUUGAUGUGUAGUCUAGGAUUUUCAUUUCAUGAAUCAUAAAUUUCUCAAAUCACCAAUGUUGAGCUAAAUUCUCAAAAAAAUGAAAUAGACAGCUUCUCUGCAAUCCACACGACUUGAAUGUAGUUUGUUGAACACGCGCAUACUUAGUACUGUGUCUGAUUCUGAUGUCUCAUAGCUCGUAGCAGACGACAGACAGAUAACGCGUGUGAUUGUUUUCAUCGUGAUUCAAGUUUGCUAUUGACUUUUGGUGUAUUGUGUCUGUAAAGUGAAAACAGUUCGACUUGAAUUUAAUUAGUGCUCUUAGUUGUUAAUUAUAGAAUUCGAAUAUAGAUUCAAAAAAUGGCUCAUCGAUUACUUAGGAAUCUCAAUAAAAAAAUACCCACACGUAUUGACCAAAAGGUAGUGCAACCGUUUAAAAAUCUUUUGGUUUUAGAUUUUGAAGCUACUUGUAUACAAAAUAAAAUUCUCAAACCUCAAGAAAUCAUAGAAUUUCCUUGCCUAGUAGUUUCAACAGAAGAUUGGCAAGUUAAAGAUGCAUUUCAUGAAUACGUUAAGCCACGAGUCAAUCCAGAAUUAUCUGAAUUUUGCACUGAACUUACCGGCAUAAUGCAAGAAACGAUAGAGGAUGAAGAAAAUUUUCCUCAAGUAUUUGAAAAAUUUAAUCAGUGGUUAGACGAAGGAGAAUAUUUUCGUGAUAAAACAGAGAGUACUUUCGUUACUUGCGGCAAUUGGGAUUUGAAAGUCAUGCUUCGUCAACAAUGUGAACUGGAAAAUAUUCCUGUACCUGAAUAUAUGAAAGAGUGGAUUGAUAUAAAAAGAACUUUUUAUGCUGCUACCAAUUACUAUCCUCGAAGUUUGAAGGACAUGUUAAGGCAUUUUAACAUGGAAUUUCAAGGACGGAGUCACUGUGGAAUAGAUGAUACACACAAUUUGGUUAGAAUUAUACAAAUGCUCGCUAUAAAGCAUAAAGCUUCAUUUGUAAUACCAGAAAAACUUGAAUGGGAUUUCAGUGAAUAAACUUGACACUAAAAAUAAAAAUAUUCAGUAUUUUAUAUCUAGAUAUUAUAAAAAAAAUAUAGAUAGUAUAA